UGUAACUUGCAUUUCCCUAGCCAGCUCCUUUAUAGGUCCCUGGUUCCCUGCCAAGACCGCGAGGCUGUGCCAGCUCUGGAGGACGAAGACAUGGCCAAAGGCCUGGACUGCAGGACGAGGUGGGCAACCCUGGUGGUGCUGGCUGCCCUGGCCACAGCUGUGACAGAGGCCACCAACCCCGGCGUUGUGGUCAGGAUCACCCAGAAGGGCCUGGACUAUGCCUGCCAGCAGGGAGUGGCUGCGCUGCAGAAGGAGCUGGAGAAGAUCGAGAUUCCCCCUUUCUCGGGAAGCUUUAAGGUCAAGUAUUUGGGGAAAGGCGAAUACAGCUUCUACAGCAUGGUUAUCCGUGGAGUUCAGCUUCCCAGUUCCCAGAUAAAACUGCUGCCUAAUGAGGGCCUUGCUGUCUCCGUGACAGAUGCCAAUGUCAAGAUGAGUGGGAAAUGGAAGGCACGCAAGAAUUUCAUCAAAGUCAGAGGCAACUUCGACCUGAGUGUGGAAGGCAUCUCCAUUUCGGCGGGUCUGAAACUGAGCUGUGACCCCACCUCAGGCCACUCCACUGCCACCUGCUCCAGCUGCAGCAGCAGCAUUGCCAGUGUCCACCUGCACAUCUCAGGCAGCCACCUGGGGUGGCUGAUCCAACUCUUCCAGAAAAAAAUUGAGUCUUCACUCCGAAACACCAUGAACAGCAAGAUCUGCCAGGUAGUGACCAGUUCUGUGUCCUCCAAGCUGGAGCCUUUUCUCCAGUCAUUGCCAGUGACAGCCAAGAUAGACAACGUGGCCGGGAUUGAUUACUCACUGCUGGCACCUCCGACAGCCACGGCCGAGACCCUGGAUGGGCAGCUGAAGGGGGAGUUUUUCAGCCUGGCCCACCGCAGCCCCCCUCCCUUCACCCCACCGGCGCUGGCCUUCCCCACUGACCACGACCACAUGGUGUACCUGGGCAUCUCGGACUACUUCUUCAACACGGCCGGGCUCGUGUACCAGCAGGCCGGAGUCCUGAACCUGACCCUCAAGGACGACAUGAUUCCAAAGGAAUCCAAAUUCCGACUGACAACCAAAUACCUUGGAACCCUCAUACCCAAGGUGGCCAGGAUGUUCCCCAACAUGACCGUGCAGCUCCUCGUCCGGGUCUCCUCUCCGCCGCGCCUCGAGGUGUCCCCCGCUGGCCUUGCCCUCACCCCGGCCCUGGAGGCCCAGGCCUUCGCCGUCCUCCCGAACUCCUCCUUGGCCCCCCUCUUCCUGCUCGGCAUGAGCACGAACAUGUCUGUGGAGGUCGGCGCCAAGUCCGACAGGCUUGUGGGACAGCUCGGCUUGGACAAGCUGCUCCUGGAACUGAAGCACUCGGACAUCGGCCCCUUCUCGGUUGAACUUAUACAGGCUGUCAUGAACUAUGUCAUACCCACCGCCGUGCUUCCCAUGGUCAACGAGAGGCUGCAGAAGGGCUUCCCUCUCCCGCUGCCCAGGCACAUCCAGCUGCUCAACCUGGUGCUUCAGUCUUACCAGGAUUUCCUGCUGUUCGGCGCGGACGUGCAGUACCACUGAAGUGGCCACGGGUGCUGGGGGCUGUCAGCAACCCCAGGAGGCAGAGGUCAUCGACACCCACUUCUGACAGGCCCGCGGGGCUCAGGCCACCUUUCUCCCAGCGACACUCCCUACCUCUUGACCCCGAGACCCUUGCAGACUUCUCUGAACUCGGGUUCAGAAAUGACCUAAAUGCAGAGAGCCUUGUUCCUUGGGAAAGGGCGGUGUGUAUGUCAGGGACGAGGUGCUUCUUGCAAAGGCUAAGCCUGCACCGACGUUUCCCUCAGGAAUUGCAUUUCGGUUGUAACCACAAUGUUUCUCUUCGUGCUUCACACAAAAAGUCCGGGGUUUUAAAAUGUAGAAUUCUGUGUGAUGGUA